UUUUUAUUUUCAUUUUAUUUUUGGUGUUUUGAGGUUUUAAAAUGCCGGAGUCAGCGAAAUCCGUUCCUGCCCCAAAGAAGGGCUCCAAGAAGGCGGUGACCAAAGCGCAGAAGAAAGAUGGCAAGAAGCGCAAGCGCAGCCGCAAGGAGAGUUAUUCCGUGUACGUGUACAAGGUACUGAAACAGGUCCACCCGGACACUGGCAUUUCAUCCAAGGCCAUGGGCAUCAUGAACUCUUUCGUCAACGAUAUCUUUGAGCGCAUCGCGGGCGAGGCGUCGCGUCUGGCGCAUUAUAACAAGCGCUCGACCAUCACGUCCAGAGAGAUCCAGACGGCCGUGCGCCUGCUGCUGCCCGGGGAGCUGGCCAAGCACGCUGUGUCCGAGGGCACCAAGGCUGUCACCAAGUACACUAGCUCCAAGUAAAACUUGCCAAGAGGAGCAAAUGGGCUUUAGAAAUGUAUUUUCCCACCCCUGGUCACUGCUGGACACUGUUGCACCUCACAAAUAAGUCAAUGAAAAUGACUGAUACUAGAAGAAGAUAAAAAGAGGUAUUUUUAACAAUCACGGAAGGAUCAAUAAGAACUUGGCUAAAACAUUUAUUUUGACUAUAAAAAUAUUAAAUGGUAAUUGCAGAAAUUUGUAAGAAGAGAAAUAUAUAACAAGCAAAAUUAAAAUAAAUCUUAGUAUCUUUUCUAUAUGUAUAUAAGAUAUAUGUAUAUAUGAAUAUGAACAUAUAUAUGAGAUCCAUCUCUAAUAAAUACAUAUCAUAUAUAAAGCAAAUUUAGGUAUCAUGCUACAUAUACACAUAUAGCUAAUUUUCUAGGUAACAUGCCUAGAAACACACAUUUUUUAUAGAUGUAUUAUUACUUAUUAAUUAGUCCUCUGUUACUGGCUAUUUAGACUGAGUUCCAUUUUUAUGCAUUAUAAAUCAUACAGAUCACACUUCUUUUUACAUAAAUCUUUGUUUAAGUAUUUGAUUAUUUCCUUGGGACAGACUUCUAGAAGUAGAAAUACUAUAUCACAAGGUAAAACCAUUUUUUAAGGCUCCUAAUAUAUACAUUCAUCAAACUGCCAUUCAGAAGGACCAUGCCAACUUAUAAUACCAACAUAAUACAAAAUUUCCUAUUUUACAGCAGUCAUAUUUACUGAGAAUAUUUUUAAAACACUGUUAAUCAGAUAGACCAAAAAAAAAUAUUGAAAUGUAAUUUCCUUCAUUAUGAGUGAAGGUAGUUUUUUCCCCAUAUUUUUAUUAGCCAUGACCCCAUAAGAAAUAAGCUGCUGCAAACAAUGAACAGGAUUGCAAUCGUUCCAUGGGAAAGCACUCUGUAAAGAAUAAGUAAGAUCUUAGGGAUCUUACCAAAAAAGGGAAUAUUUAUCAGGUGCCUCCUUUGCCCAGGACUGUGCUGGAAUAAUCAACCAUGUUUGGCUAUGUGUAACUAAAACUACUUUUACCUAGGUUGUCUCUAAUAAGCCUCCUAAUCAUUCCAUAAGAAAAGUAUCUGCUAUGGAUUGAUUUAUGCCCACCCCUCCUCCGAAAUUCAUAUGCUGAAGCCCUAACCCCCAAUGUGACUAUAUUUGGAGACAGGGCUUUUAGGAGGUAAUUUAGGCGAAAGAGGUCAUAGAGGUGGGGCCCUAAUCCAAUAGGAUUCAUGGCCUUAUAAGAAGAGGAAGAGAGAGCCAUCACUCUCCUGGUGUGCAUGCACUCAUGAAAGGCCAUGUAAGGACACAGCAAGAAGGCAGCCAUCUAUAGGGUAGGAAAAGAGGUCUCACCAGAACCUGAGCAUGCUGGCACCCUGACCUCGGAUUUCUAGCCUCCAGAGCUUUGAGGAAAUAAAUUUCUAUUGUUUAAGCCACGCACUCUGGAGUAUUUUGUUUGAGUAGCCUGAGCAGGCUAAGAGUGAGAUGGGAGGAGAGCCUUUUGAAGCCAGAUUUCUUGAAAUCAAAUCCCAGCCUUUCCUGCUCACUAGCUCUAAGACUUUGGGCAAGUUAUGUGACUUUUCUGUGACUCAGUUUCCUCAUCUAUAAAAUGAUUUCCUACAUUUUUUUUUCUAAUUUUUUUGGGGGAAAAUACUUGGGACAAUGACUGGCACAUAUAUACGGUGUAUAUGUGUGUGAGCUUGUUUUUAUGGUAUCUUUUAGAUUUAUAAUGCAAAAUAUGAAUCAUGGUUUUUUCUCUGGAUCUUAAAUUAUGGAAUCUAAGAAUUUUAGAAAAGUAUCCAAUUCUCUGUUACUUUUACAGCGAUGAGUGAUAUGUUCUGUCAACCUGUAAAUAUAAGGAUCAAUCCACUCAUACCCGACCCUAAGCCACUGACAUUUAAUGGUACGACCUCUCAGGGAUCACCGAGGUUCAGAGAAACCAAAUAACACGUUAAAAUAGAGCUCUUGGUAAGAUGCACCCGUAAUCUCUCUAAGGAGAAAAAAAUUUUCAAACUGAGGGUCACAAUGUAUUAGUAGGCUGUGAAAUCAAUCUCAUGAUUUGCAACCAGCAUUUUUUAAAAAAUAAAAUAAACUAGAUGAAAAUAUAUCAGAAUGCACUUAAGGUAGUAUUGUUUUCAGAAUUUAUGUUUCAAAUGUGUGUGUAAGUGCACAUGUAAGCAUGUAUGUGAGACAGAGAGAGUGAAAGAGACUUUUCUACCUCACUUUGCAAUCAGAAGUUUGAAAGUCUCAUCAUCUCGUUUCCUCUUCAGAAGUAUUUCAAAUGUAGACUCUCUCUUUUCCCACACUCUCCUUAAAUGAAGCUCUUGUCUUUCUUCUGAGACUGUUACAACAGACUACCAACCUCUGACAUUAGGCUCUCCACAAUAAUUGUUUAUGUGAAAAAUUGAAAAUCAAGGCAACUACAACAACCAUACAAGAAGACAACUACUACAAAAAUACACAAACUCUCUCCUUAAAAGCCUCCAGUGGUUGCCCAGCCUGUAGAAUGUUACCAAAUUUCUCAUGCAGGCAUUUGUGGAUCUUUACAAGAUGGUCCUUAUGGGAUUUUCCUUUGCUGAACCCUGGACUCUGGUCAUAUUACACCGUUCCCUCAACAUCCUCCUGGAAGGCCGGGCCUUGAAACUCUUAUACACCUCUGAGAAAGGUGAGUCCUAGAACAAGCCCAGAGAAGCAUCCUAGACAUUAUUCCAAUAACUCUUUUCCCACAGCUCUGCAGGACACCUGCCAGCCCAGUCCUGUUAUAGAUCUGGGUCUGUCGUUUCCACUGAGCUCUUCAGACCAAGGUUCCUGCCUCAUAUUUUAUAGUUAAUUAAGUGCAGGGAUUGUAUCUGUUUCCUUACAUUUUUUUUC